GAGGCCUACAUAUUCUGAUUCACUGAUCAAAGAUAAAUAUGGCAGUGAGUGACAAAAGAAUUCUCUGCGUCGGUGUGAUCUGCUUCGACGAAUUGUUGUACUGUGAAAACUACCCCGUCGAAGAUUCUGUGGAAAUGGUUGUUACUCGACAACUGAGACCUGGAGGGAACGCUGCCAACAACUGCGCCGUUCUGGGUGAGCUGGGUGUUCAGUGCGACUUGUUUGGAACGCUCAACAAUAAUUCACGAUCAGGAAGUUUUGUCACAGAGCAACUGGAGUCAUAUGGUGUAAACCUGAAACAAUGUGAGAUUGUAGAAGGCAAAGAACUACCAAUGUCGACGUGUAUAAUUAAUAAGAGGAAUGGAUCGCGAACGAUACUGCACCACAGUGGCGAUUGGCCUUGGGUUUCAUAUGAGGCUUUUCUUAAAAUAGAUUUGUCGCAAGCAACAUUGGUGGUGCCGUGGGGAGAGCAGGGAGCGGCUGCAAAAAGUCCUGAGGGCGUCUUUUUUGUCCCCGCCUAUCCUCCAGAGCGCGUGCUGGACACGCUGGGCGCUGGAGACACCUUUUGCGCUGCGCUGCUGUCAGCGCUGUCUGGCGGGCACCCACUGCAGCACAGCCUGCACUACGCCUGUCAAGUUGCUGGAGCCAAGGUCGGCAUGCACGGAUACCGCGGACUUCAGGGUGUUCUCAGGGAACGUGGUGUACGCUGUCAACACUAG